GUGAUAUACAGUAUGCUGGCUCAGGACACAGGGGGCUAUUUUAGUUGACCACUCACAGGAGGCAAGAGGAGUCAUUAAAUUUGACUUGAGUUUUCUACCUGUCAUUUCAAGACAGCCGCUGCUCACCUCUACAGGUUUUCUUCUGAGACAUUAAAAAGACAGAGACCAACCAUGUCUGAGGGGUAAAAAAAGUCAAAGAUCUCUGCAUCUCGCAGACUGGCCCUCAAGACCAAGAUGCUGAAAAUGGCAGCCGUGAUGUAUGAGAAGGAGCUAGACGAGAAAAAGCGGGAAAGAGAAGCUACUCUGAACGAGAGACUCCCUCAGCUUCAGCUGUCUGGUUUAUCCCUUCAGGACCUUCAGGCUCUGUGCAAAGAUCUGUACCAUAAGAUCGAUGUUGUAGAUGAAGAACGCUACGACAUUGAUUCAAAAGUGUCCAAAAAUAACGUAGAGAUAGCCAACCUGUCCCAGAAGAUCUUUGAGCUGAAGGGUAAGAUGAAGCGACCUGCUCUCAAGAGGGUGAAGAUCUCCGCUGACGCCAUGCUGGGAGCUCUGUUUGGCGCUAAAGUCAAAGAGUCUGUGGACUUCAAGGCCAACCUCAAGACUGUGAAGAAGGAGGAGGAGAAGAAAGAGGAGGUGACUGACUGGCGUAAAAACGUGGAGGCCAUGUCUGGCAUGGAGGGCAGAAAGAAGCUCUUCGAUGCCGGACAGUAGACUUUAUAUUUAUAAACAUUUAAAUAUGAAUGCUGUUGAACACUUGACAAAAAUAGAGAGGAAAGUAAAGUUAAUAUAUUUUCUCAUAAUAGAUCAUCUGCAGUGAUUUUAUGGUUGUGUUAAAGUCUUUUACAACAUGCAAAAAGAUGUUAAUUCAAUAGAUGGAUGUUGUGUGCAUUUUGCGUUUAAACGGGUUAUACCUUGUGUCAUUUUCUAGUGUUGGCACAAAACUUAAAUUUAAAAUCACAUAAAGCAAACUUAAUUAUCUUAAAUGUCUUCACGUUCGUAACAUAAGCAUGCAGCUAACGUUUUGGUGUCUUAAUUUUGAAAAAGUAUUGAAAAGAACUGUUUUUUUCUGUUGAGAUAAUAAAUUCUUCUGAUCAACAAACAAAACUGAUGCUGCAA